UUGUGUGGUAUGACAGCUGCGAUUUUCAUUCUGAAAGAGUAGCGCUCGAAGAGGCUAUUUUUCAAGCAUUUGGUCAUGGAGUCACAUUUCUACUGAAAAACAGUGUCGUUUAUCUGGACUGAAAGCGCAUAUGUAUUUUUUUCAAGUAAGGAUUUGACGUUCAUCUGUUUUCUGACAUGGCAACCAAAGCAUAUACUAACGCUAGAUGUUUAAGAUGGCGGUUGCAUAGUUUAUUACAAGGGCCGAUUGGAUUUAUUCUCCUUUCAUUUUUCCUUGAUGGAGUGACUGGACAGAUUCGUUAUUCUAUUCCAGAGGAGAUGAAGAAAAGUUCUCUCAUUGGUAACGUAGCACAAGACCUUGCUUUGGAUCUUAAAAGGCUUCGUUCUGGUCGUGCUCGUAUCGUAAGUGGAGAAAAUAUGCACUACAUUGAUCUGAAGACAGACAAAGGAAUUUUAGUCGUGAAUGAGAGAAUAGACCGAGAGGAGCUUUGUGGAGAUGUAACACCAUGCAGCCUCAGCUUCGAAAUCAUCCUAGAAAAUCCGAUCGAACUUCAUCGUGUCACUGUGGAGAUUUUAGAUAUAAAUGAUAAUGCCCCGUUCUUUCCAAAUAAAGACAUAUCGUUUGAAAUGAGCGAAUCUGCUACAGUUGGUGCCAAAUUUCCCGUCGAAAGCGCAGUUGAUGCUGAUGUUAAACAAAACGGCCUACAAAAUUACAUUCUUUCUCCGAAUAAUUAUUUUGUUCUGAAACAACAAGCUAAUCCAGACGGAACUAAAUACGCUGAACUAGUGCUCCAGAAACCCUUAGACAGGGAGGAGCACCCCAGUCUGUCUCUUACAGUAAUGGCUUUAGAUGGUGGAAAUCCACAGAGAUCAGGUACAGUGAACAUUAUUGUGUCGGUUUUGGAUGCAAAUGAUAAUGCUCCUGUGUUCAACCAAUCAGUGUAUCAGGCUGUUGUCGUGGAAAAUGCGUCAAAGGGGACUUAUGUAACAACAGUGAACGCUACAGAUGCAGAUAGUGGCUCGAAUGGAGAAAUAAUAUUCAGUUUUUCGAAAAUUAAAGGCAGCAAAGUUGAUAUAUUUAGUAUAGAUGAAAACUCAGGUGUCAUAUCAGUUGCUGGGCUUAUAGACUAUGAGAAAGAGAAAAAAUAUGAGCUCAGGUUAGAAGCGAGGGAUAGAGGAGGUUUGACUGGGACCAGUAAAGUUAUCAUCGAUGUAAGUGACGUUAAUGACAAUGUCCCAGUAAUUAAUAUCAUGUCAUUUUCUAACACUGUAUCAGAAGAUGCUCCUCCCGGGACGACAAUAGCUGUUAUUAAUGUCAAAGAUGCAGAUUCAGAGAAAAAUGGACAGAUAACGUGUACAAUAGACAAAAAGCUUCCCUUUAAAAUUGUUUCAUCGUUAACCAACUACUACAAUUUGAUUGCAGAUCAGCCUUUUGACAGAGAAACUAUUUCCGAGUAUGAUAUUAAAAUAACAGCCACAGACUCGGGGUCUCCUCCUCUCUCGAGCUCCGACACUUUGCAUCUACAGGUUUCUGACGUUAAUGAUAACGGCCCAGUGUUUGAUAAAAAUGUCUAUUCUGCUCAGAUCACCGAGAAUAAUUCUCCUGGGCAAUCCAUCAUCACUGUUAGUGCGCAGGAUUCUGACUGGAAUCAAAACGCGAGAGUUUCAUACUUUUUGGAAGACACGCACAUCGGUGGUAAUUCAGUGUCUAACUACGUGUCCAUAAAUUCUGAAACUGGGGUUCUGCAUGCUGUACGUUCUUUUGACUAUGAACAAAUUAAAGAAAUUAAUUUUAAUGUAAAAGCUCAGGAUGGAGGCUCCCCUCCACUCAGUAGCAACGUGACCGUGAAAAUAAUGAUCCAGGACCAGAACGAUAACGCCCCUCAGGUUCUGUACCCAGUCCAGACUGGUGGCUCUCUGGUGGCUGAAAUGGUGCCUCGUUCAGCAGAUGUGGGCUAUCUGGUCACUAAAGUGGUGGCUGUUGAUGUGGACUCUGGACAGAACGCCUGGCUCUCCUAUAAACUGCAGAAAGCCACAGACAGGGCGCUGUUUGAGGUGGGCUUACAGAAUGGAGAAGUAAGAACUAUCCGCCAAGUCACUGAUAAAGAUGCAGUCAAACAAAGACUGACGGUUAUAGUGGAGGACAACGGACAGCCCUCUCGUUCAGCUACAGUUAUUGUUAACGUGGCGGUGGCGGACAGCUUUCCUGAAGUGCUGUCUGAGUUCACUGACUUUACACACGACAAGGAGUACAAUGAGAACCUGACUUUUUACUUAGUGUUGGCUUUGGCUGUAGUUUCCUUCCUCUUCAUCACGUGUGUGGUGGUCAUUAUAUCAGUGAAAAUCUACAGAUGGAGACAGUCUCGCAUCCUGUAUCACUCCAAUCUGCCAGUGAUUCCAUAUUAUCCACCACGUUACUCCGACACUUUGGGGACAGGGACUCUCCCACACGUGUACAACUACGAGGUGUGCAGGACGACUGACUCCAGAAAGAGUGACUGUAAGUUUGGCAGAGCUGGUAGUCAGAACGUGCUGAUAAUGGAUCCCAGUUCAACAGGGACGAUGCAGAGGAUACAGAGUGAAAAGAGCAUCCUGGAUGAACCAGACUCUCCUCUAGAGGUGAGCUUUAAAAUAAGCCAUUUUCUACAAGCCUUAUAUCUUGUGGUUUAUUACUUUUUGUGAA